AUGGGGGCAGAAAACUCAUACUCACCAAUAGAGAAGCAUUGCUUAGCUCUUAUAUUUGCUGUCAAGAAGUUGAGGCAUUAUAUGCUCGAGCACAAAAUUUACUUAGUAUCAAAAGUCGAUCCGCUCAAAUUUUUAAUGACAAGACCCGUCUUAACUGGAAGGCUAGCGAAAUGGACAGUUAUCCUUCUAGAAUUUGAUAUCACCUACACGCCACAAAAGGCUGUUAAGGGGCAAGCACUCGCUGAUUUUUUAGCAGCACAUCCAGUACCUGACGGUUCACCUUUGGUGUGCGAUCUACCAGAUGAAGAGGUGUUACUUGUUGAGGAUGAACAACCAUACUGGGGCAUGUAUUUCGACGGAGCAUCUUCUAUCCAACCUGCAUAUAGCCCAAAUAUUCCGCAAGUAAGGGCAGGCGUCGGUCUGAUUUUUGUGACGCCUGAGAAAGGAAUCUUGCGGUACUCUCUGGCGCUUUCUGAGCCUCGUACAAAUAAUGAAGAUGAAUAUGAAGCCUUAAUUGCGGGGUUAGAAAUAGCCAUCUUCAUGAAUAUACAACGGCUACACAUCUAUGGGGACUCUCAACUGAUCAUUAAUCAAGUGACGGGCGAAUAUAAAGUCCACAAGCCAGAAUUAACCAAAUAUCAAAAGAGGGCGCAAGAACUCAUAAAGGAAAUACCAAAUGUCACACUAGAAAGGGUCUCCCGAGCUGCAAACGGGAAAGCGGAUGCCCUAGCUAGAUUGGCUAAAGAGUUAGCUGAUCCCAAUCUUGACGAAGUCCAUGUGACUAUCAAAAAUAGAAAGAUCUUGUCACCUACGAACUUAGAUCUCGAAGAAGAAUCAAAAGAAAUUCAGAAAGCGAAUGCGCUAAAAAUUGAAGUGGAAGACGAUUGGAGGGAGCCUUUCCUUAAUUAUUUCAAACACAACGAACUUCCUGAAGAAAAGCCAAAACAAGUUCAGUUGAAGAAGAGGGCGAUGCGAUACGCUUUCGUGAAUGAUACGCUCUAUAGGAGAUCUUAUGAUCAGUUAUGGUUGAGAUGUAUAUCACCAGAGGAAAUCAAACAGGUUAUGCAUGAAGUUCAUUCGGGUGUAUGUGGUGCUCACCAAUCUGGUCCCAAGAUGCGCCUCAAGAUUAAACACUUGGGCUACUAUUGGCCCACAAUGGUUCAAGAUUGUAUGGAAUACGCUAGGAAAUGCCACCAAUGCCAAGUCCAUAGCGAUUUUAUUCACCAACAUCCGAACCCUCUGCACCCGACAAUUGCCUCUUGGCCAUUUGAUAUAUGGGGAACAGACGUUAUAGGGCCAAUUAAUCCUCCCUCAUCUCGAGGACACAAAUUUAUUCUCGCAGCGACAGACUACUUCUCUAGAUGGGCUGAGGCUAUUCCUUUGAGAGAAGCGAAAGCGGAUAAUGUCAUGAGAUUUUUUAGGGAAAAUAUUUUGAACCGCUUCGGGGUUCCUCGUCGAAUUAUUUCUGAUAAUGGCUCGGCCUUCAAAAGUUUUAAGGUCAGCAGAUUCGCCUCCCACCAUAAGAUCGACUGGCGAUAUUCGUCGAUUUAUAAUCCAAGAGCUAAUGGUCUGGCCGAAGCUUUCAAUAAGACCCUGGUUAAACUUUUGAGAAAAAUUAUUGGUAAAAAUAAGAGGGAAUGGCACGACAAGAUUUCAGAUGCGCUCUGGGCUUACCGAACAACUUUUAAGACUCCUACUCAAGCCACGCCUUAUUCUUUGGUCUUCGGAAUGGAAGCUAUCCUUCCUUUAGAAGUGGAGCUACCAUCGCUAAGGAUGGCGGUUCAACAUGAAAUGACAAAUGAAGAAAAUAUCUUCUUGAGACUUGACGAACUGGAUUCUCUAGAUGAGGUACGGUUGGCUGCGCAACAAAAUCUAGAGCUUUAUCAGUCUCAAAUGUCAAGGGCAUACAACAAACUAGCGCGCGUCCGAACAUUUCAGGCAGGAGAUUUGGUACUAGUUCACCGACGGCCUAUAAUUAUAAACAAACAUGCCGGGGGCAAAUUCGAUCCAAAUUAG